UCUCCCCGAAGUUUCUGGUGUCACUUGUGAAACUCAGCCGGUCGCUGCAGCUGCACAGAGCAGUUGUUUUGCAGGAAGGAGGGAGCGAGCCGGCUGCCCGGCCCUCCCUGCAGCCUCCUCUCAGCUGAAGGCCCAGGCACCCUGUCUGGGGCAGGGUGGGCACCAGGGCGCAUACCAAAGGGUGGCAGGCCCACCGGCCCCUUCUCCGGCACCCGGCCGUCCCUUGGGGGCCCUCAGCCUUGCAGCUCUCAGGUCAACGGGCCCUUUGUUGCUUUUUGGCUUCCUCUUAGAAGAGGCUCCGCUGGACCGAGGGGGAGUAGUUUGAAGGAGGCGCGAUGCAGGAGCUGCGUCUGCUCUGCUGGGCGGUCCUCCUGGGCCUGGCGCAGGCCUGUCCCGAGUUCUGCGACUGUGGAGAGAAAUACGGCUUCCAGAUCGCCGACUGUGCCUACCGUGAGCUGAAGGCCGUGCCGCCAGGCUUCCCGGCCAAUGUGACCACCUUGAGCCUGUCUGCCAACCAGCUCCCGAGCCUGCCGGAGGGCGCUUUCAGGGAGGUGCCCCUGCUGCAGUCGCUGUGGCUGGCACACAAUGAAAUCCGCACGGUGGCUGCGGGUGCAUUGGCCCCACUGGGCCACCUCAAGAGCCUGGACCUGAGUCACAACCUCAUCUCUGACUUUGCCUGGAGUGACCUGCACAACCUGAGUGCCCUCCAGCUGCUCAAGAUGGACAGCAACGAGCUGGCCUUCAUCCCGCGAAAUGCCUUCCGCAGCCUGCGGGCACUGCGCUCGCUGCAGCUCAACCACAACCGCCUGCACACGCUGGCCGAGGGCACCUUCGCGCCCCUCACUGCGCUGUCCCACCUGCAGAUCAACGACAACCCCUUCGACUGUACCUGCGGCCUCGUGUGGCUCAAGGCGUGGGCCCUGGCCACGGCCGUGUCCAUCCCGGAGCAGGACAACAUCGCCUGCACGUCACCCCACGUGCUCAAGGGCACGCCGCUGAGCCGCCUGCCGCCGCUGCCGUGUUCGGCGCCCUCGGUACAGCUCAGCUACCAGCCCAGCCAGGAUGGGGCUGAGCUGCGGCCUGGCUUCGUGCUGGCCCUGCACUGCGACGUGGACGGGCAGCCAGCCCCCCAGCUUCACUGGCACAUCCAGACGCCGGCCGGCACCGUGGAGAUCGCCAGCCCCAAUGUGGGCACCGACGGGCGUGCCCUGCCCGGCACCACGGCGCCCAGCAGCCGGCCGCGCUUUCAGGCCUUUGCCAACGGCAGCCUGCUCAUCCCUGACUUCGGCAAGCCAGAAGAGGGCACCUACAGCUGCCUGGCCACCAACGAGCUGGGCAGUGCCGAGAGCUCAGUGAACGUGGCACUGGCCACGCCGGGCGAGGCUGGCGAGGACGAGCUGGGGCGCAGGUUCCACGGCAAGGCAGCUGAGGGCAAGGGCUGCUACACGGUGGACAACGAGGUGCAGCCGUCGGGGCCUGAGGACGCCGUGGUCAUCAUCUACCUCAGCCGCGCCGGGGGCCCUGAGGCUGCAGCGGCAGGAGAGGCCAGCCCUGGGCGGCGGUCCCCAGGCCUGCUCCUGUUGGGCCAGAGCCUCCUGCUGCUGCUCCUCCUCUCCUUCUAGCCUGCCCUGCCUGGCUGCCCAGACUCCUCCCAGUGCCCCGGGGGAGUGUUGUGGGGUGUGGGAGACUUGGAAUUUUCCUACCUCCCCUUCUAGCCCCUUCUGGGACACUUGCCACCCCCAGCUUCUAGACCUGCUCAGAGCUAGUGACCAGGGUCAUUCGACCCCAUGACUCGCCUGCCGUCCGUGAUGCUCAUAGCUGCUAACGGCACUGCCCAUGCUCCCCUGGCUGGGCCGGCAUGCUACCAGGGCGGUGUCAGGCCCAACUGGAAGAAGCCUCGGGCUGGCGUUCCAGGCACUGUGAGUGCCAUGGGGUCAGGCAGGUGUGUGGAGGCUUGUGGGUGGCCUUGGCUGGGCGUGGCCUGAAGCAGACAGCGCACAGAGAGGAUGCACAGAGAGGACAGGACAGCCACUGGUGUGGCCUGAGGCUGUCCCAGGAGUUGCCGAGCUCCUCCCGGCCCCUCAAGGCCCCUGGCAUUAUCUGAUGGCCUAGGCCUCAGGAGUGCCCUCCUCCCUGUCUCAGGCAGCACUGGGGGAUUCUGGACAGGCCUUCCUCUCCUCUCCUCUCCCCUCCCUUUCCUCCCUCUGCGGUGUGUGGACACCGGCCUUCCUUUCCCUCCACAUAUGCAUCUUAGCCUGCGCCUCCCCAGAGCCCAGCCAGCCAGGGGCUGGCAGAGAAAUAAAUAGCAUUUCUAAUGCUC